ACUGCAGAGGACAGGAAGGACCUGCACCGGGUGGUUUGAGCAGCAGAGGUGGUGAUUGGGACCACACUACCUCCCCUCAGAGACGUUUACACCUGCAGACUUUAGAGGAAGGCCAGAGGAACCAUCAGAGACCCCUCACACCCAGGACCUUCUCUGUUCUCCCGUCAGGUAGACGCUACACUGCAAAUGUGGCAGUGUUAUUUUUUUAGUGUUGGUGUAAAUUAACAGGGGUUACUAUUACUUUUACUCAGAAUUGAUUUAAAUUAACACCCCCUAGAGUCCGUUCCUGAUAGUGUAAGAGUGGAUAUCCGUUGUUAUGAGAAUCACUCUGAAUUUACACUCUGGCUCGUUCAAUUGGCCACACCCACCACUUGAACCUCUCGUCCUUGGCGGUGCAGCGGAACACAGUCACACCGUAUGAGGCACUCAGACUGCGUCAUCGAACUUUUUUCAUCCAAAUUUCUUCUUUCUACGGUAAGUUACGUUUCAGUUGGUAAAAUUGUUUCUUUUGGAUUGAUAUAGCCUUACCAAUGAGUCUGGAGCGAAUGGCAUUUGUAGGAAAAUAUCUUGAAAGGUUCGUUUUUGUGUUUUUUAGCUAGCUAACGUUAGCUUAGCUCGCUAGCCCUGGCCAACACUGCUCGACCAGGGUUUAGCUAAUAUUAGUUCCUCAAAUUAUUAAAAGUGUCAAUAAAGGAAAGGCUUUAUGAGUAAUGGUAAUAUUUUGAAAAGGUUGUACACUAUACAAGUAAGUUAUAGUAUGAUAACAUUACACAUGUGCAAGGCACAUUGUAGCCACAUUUCCUUCGCGCCUGCUCGGCACAGUACGUCUUCUCGCCUGAGGUUCCAAGCGAGAUGAAGCGGCGACAGCAACGUAGCUUUCUGCUGUAGUCACGGCUUUUUAUUGUAAGAGAACGAAUAUGGAGAGCAGAAAACUUUCACACAAGUGACUUUAAGGGUCUUUCAGUCGCCGUGCUAUAUUACGGCUCCACUCACGAUGCGGUUAUAUGGAAAUACAACUAAACUGAGAUGAGCUGAGUCAGCUAAAGGAGCGUCGAGCCGGACCGCGCCGAGUAGGCACUUCGGAAAAGUGGCUUGUGUUUGGUAGUGUUGGGUUAAAUGUGUGGUGAUGUACAGUGUUUCCUGUUAACGUUAAUUAACGAGACAGGGGCGUUUGAGUCUCUCAUGGAGACAAAAUGUUUUGUUAUUUCUUUCAGCAUUUCACCUUCCCUCAUCUCUGUCAUUGUCAUGUACAGCUAAAUGUUAAAUUUGUGCGGUAGUUGCAGUAAUUAGCCCUCCCCCCACCUCCAAAUGUGUGUAAAAGUAAAAAAUUAGGAAUAAUAAUAAGUUAUGCCAUUCUUGUCUUUGAAGCGACAUGCUGGUCCCUGUAGAAUAUAAAGGAGUCAGCAAAUGGGUCAGGGUACCACAGGCAGAGGACGAGUACAAUUACUCCCAGUUUUUGCAAGCAGUGCUGGCAAAAUUCAAUUUGCCAGGUUCUGCUUCCUUGAGCCUGAAGGAUUCCUCAAACGUUGAAGUGGAUUCGGACAUAUUUGAUGAACUCUUGAAAUCAUCUGGGGUGUCUUUCAAGGCCGAAGACUGUGAUGGUAGCACUGCUGAGGAGGAGUUCUCCGAGGGCUCGUCUGUAUCAGACUGGUCACCAUCACCUGCAUCCCAAGGGUCAUCAUCAGGUUCUGACUCAACGCUGAUACUGGAUUCUACCAAAGCUCGGAAAAGACAGCUGAUUGAAGGACCACUGGAUAGCAACGUUGCAAGAGAUAAUGUCAGAGUCGCUCUGUAUUCAAAGCCUGGUGGAAACGAAAUAUUCAAAGAGUACGAGAAAACAAGCACCAUCAGUGAUGUUACAAGAAGAAAGAUGGUAAACAUUCUCGUGGCAGAUAUGGUGGAGAGCCAUGGGAGGGUUCCUCCAAUGAAUGUGCGGAUCCUCUACGCACUAGGGAUUAUAACACUGUUCCCUAAAUUGAAGGACCCAGAUUCCAAGAAUGGCUAUGAACAUUUCUAUGAUCACCAGAGUGGUUCUGGCUACCUAGCAUGGAGGCUGAAAACUGUUCAGCGGAACUCUGCUCAGGACAGCAAGAAAUCCAGGACCACUUUCCAAGAGGGCCCCAAGAGUCCACGCAGUAUCCGUUCAGAUGAGAAGCAGUUGACUGGUGAUGAAUGCAGGGAAGCCAUAUCGGCGAUGAAACACUCAAGUGAUACGACCCUUGUCAAAAAUAAGAUGAAGGCAACAUUCCAGCACAGGCAAAAGGUGGUUCAAGACCUGGUUACUGCCUCUACUGUCCUGGAUCUCUUUCCUAGAUUCUUGGAUACACCUGGCUUGAUCGACCAAGACUUCACAAUGAUCUUCGGUGAGGAGGUGUCUGGUAAAUUCCUUUCCAAGUGGCCAACAUUUUUCAAACCGAGGGUCAUCGCAGAUUGCUGCAAGAAUCUAACUCCGAGUCCGCGUGUGGAUGAGCUACUUGUGUCUGCACAACAGGAGUCUGAUGAUGGUGUGUGGCAUUCUGAAGAGUGGGACUCUGAGACGGCCGCCAUCCUUCUGCUCCUUCACCUCUUGCCUCCAACAGUUAAAGGCAAGAAGACCAGCAAGAUGAGUGCAUCGGAUGCUGCUGGACGCCUGAUCAAGUUCAUGAAGGUGGGGUCAAGCAUGGAGACCUUCCUUAAGGAAACUGGCCCCAAACAGCCCUUUCUUCUCGGUGUUGGGGAAAGACGCAAAAGCAUCCAGGAUUUCUACAUCAUCCUGGACCAGAAGGCCAUUCCCUGCAGGAUGCAGACCCCAGUUGCUGCCUUUGAUGAGCUCUUCAAGGCACAUUAUGUUUUUGCUGUGUCGUAUGAUGAUGCGCUGUCCAGCUUCUUCAUCUUCAUCCAGACCACCGUGUAUGGCAUCGACGUCGGCAAAGUGAAAGAGAGUCCUCGGGUAAAAGAAAUCAGAGCGAGGCUUCUUCACUGUGAAGUCUGAAGACUGAUUUUGACCACAAAUGUACACAUGUUACAUUUGCAAGGUACACCACACCAAUUGUUCAAUGUUAUUUAGACAUUUGAAGUUUGAACAUGGAUUGUAUCCCGGAAGGUCUAUGCGCUUGAACUGUGGAGAGCCUGGUUGUUCAUUUGUUUUUUGUACAUAUUCUGGUUACCAACGUCACCUAUCUAGAGCACAUAAGGACUGUCUUGAUCCAAAUCCUGUUAGCAGCAGUUUUGAAUUUGAGCCUGUUGCUGGGCCUUCCACACCAGUGAAUGUGGAUCCUCCUGUGAGGGUCACUGCACAUGUUCCAAUUGAAAAGAAGAAUAUACUGGACUUGUGCAGCUCUGUUAUUGCUCAGGUUCAAGCCUCAGGUGUUCCAGACAGUACUGUGCAGUGUCUAGUCGGCUCGAUGGAGGAACUGGUUAAUGACAUUCAGGCUCACGCAAAGGAAGCAGUUGUUAAUUGUUUGUCUUCUGAUGCAUCUAAAGAAACUUUGGAGAGAGUUGAGGGUUGCUUUGAUCAGCUCGAAAACCCAUUUUCAUGUCUUAACACAGAAUCUAAAAGGAAGAGGCAUUUUGAAGAGAAAUGGAAUAUAGUAGAACCUGUAGAACAUGUUCUGGGUGUCCGUUUUGAUGUAAGAAGAGACAGAAAAACAGGCACGUAUAGGCAAGUUCCAGUCAAUGAUAAGUUUAUGUAUGUACCUAUCCGGGGGUCUCUCUCAUCUAUGUUUAGUAACAGUGAACUCUGUAACAGCUUCCAAGAAGUAAAACUACACCAGGAGGGAUUUUACAGAGAUAUAAGUGAUGGGUCCUACUUUAAAAAUCAUAGUUUAUUUUCUCAGCAAGAACUUGCUCUUCAGAUCCAGCUCUACUAUGAUGACUUUGAAACUGCCAAUCCAUUGGGCUCAAAAAAGGGAGUACACAAACUUGGAUGUGUUUAUUUUAUUUUGAGAAAUUUAUCACCAAAACUCAAUUCUGUGUUAAUGAAUAUCCAUCUUGUCGCUCUCUUUCAUUCAGAGGAUCUUAAGACAUAUGGGUUUGAGCCAAUUCUGAAGCCACUUAUUGACGAUCUUAAGAUUUUGGAGACUGAAGGAAUACAGUUGCCCUUUUCAGCUACACCUGUGAAGGGUUCAAUCAUUCAGGUUACAGGAGACAAUUUAGCUCUCCAUGCACUUUUAGGUUUUGUUGAAUCAUUCAGUGCAACGUACUGUUGUAGAUUAUGUUUAACUGAUAAAAGUGAUUAUCAGUCAGUUUUCAGUGAAGAUCACCCAGGUUUAAUUCUACGUUCAAAAGACCUUCAUGUUGAACACGUUCGUGCCAUCCAAGAAAAUCCUGCUUUGAAAUCAACAUUUGGUGUCAAACGAGACUGUCCACUAAAUUCCCUCCAGUUUUUCCAUUCAGCAAACAAUUACGCUGUAGACAUAAUGCAUGACCUGCUAGAAGGAGUGGUGCAAUAUGAGUUAAAGCUUGUUUUUCAGUAUUUGAUCAAGAAUUCAAUAUCCCUGAGUUCAUUGUCUGAAAGAAUUGCUAGCUUUAACUAUGGAUACACACAGAGAAAGAACAGGCCAGGUGGGCUUAAGCUGGAUGACAACAGCAAAGAUCUCGGACUUAAUGCUAUCCAGUCUUGGUGCCUCCUACGCAAUGCCCCGCUGUUAUUUGGAGAUUUAGUUAACAGAGAGGAUACCUGUUGGCAGUUGUUACUCCUUUUAAUUCAAAUUGUAAACAUUGUGUUUUCACCAACUAUAACUCAUGGUAUGACUUGUUAUUUGAAACAUUUAAUUUUUGAUCAUCACAAGCUUUUUAAAUCCAUCUUCCCAGAGCACAAUUUGAUUCCAAAACAUCACCAUAUGAUCCACUACCCAAGCUGUAUUAGAAGAAUUGGACCACUCAUACACAUUUGGUGCAUGCGAUUUGAAGGAAAACAUAAUUUCUUCAAGAAAUGUGUUAAAAACUUCAAAAAUAUUGCUAAGACUCUGGCUAAGAAACAUCAGUCUCAGUUAGCAUUUCAUUUUGAGAACUUUUGUUUCCAAAGAUUACAGUUUGGUCCGAUUUCUGAAGUCCUGGUCAGCAGUAUAGAGGGUGGAGAGGUGCUGAAUGAAGCUUUUGAUGUGUCGUCAGUUUCUACCACUUCCUGGGUCAACAACUAUGGCACAGAGUAUCAGGUUGGGAUGUAUGUGGUUACUGGAGUUGAAAAUGAGAUGCCUUUGUUCAACAGGAUUGACAAUAUAAUUGUUAAAGACAACAAUGCCUAUCUUUUGAUUUGUAAAGUCUCGAAUAUUUUUUUUGAUGUUCAUUUAAAUGCAUUUGGUAUUGAGGAGAAAAAUGAGGUUUUCACAGUGAUCUGUGUAAAUGACCUGGUAUAUUACAGACCUUGUGAUAGGCAGUUUUCAUAUGACACCGAUGACCAAGUGUACCUUGUUCCAUACUGUAACUAUAUGUGAAUCCAUGCAGACUGUUAAUUGUUACUGUGGUGUGGUGGCCAUUUAAUAAGACUAUUUUUGUAAAGAAGUUUUUGUCUUGUUUAUUUUUUGUGAUAGGUUUGGCAGGUGGUUGUGGUGGUUAUGGGUGGGUGGGUUUAUUGGUAGUCAAAUUUUACACCCAUUGGUCUGAAUCCAUUGGUAGUCAGUGUAGCAUUUUCAACCACAGUCACUGUAACAUUUUCUUGAAAUUACACUAGUAUAGAGUACUAUUGAGUUAGUAUAGUGGCCAGUAGUAUAGUGUUAAUUUUGAACUCCUUACAGUGUUGAAAUAACUAUAGCUAAGAGUGGAAACAUUAACACUGACACUACACAUGUGUUAGCCAGUGUUAAUUUUGAACUCCCUACAGUGUUGGAAUUACUAGAGCUAAGUGUAAAAAAACACACUGACACUAGUGUAGAGUACUACUGACACUUCACAAGUGUUGGCCAGUGUUAAUUUUGAACUCCCUACAGUGUUGAAAUAACUAUAGCUGAGUGUAAAAACAUUAACACUAGUGUAAAUGUUAAAUUAACACU